AGGUCGGACCCACAGCUGCUCGCCCAGUUCUACUAUGCGGACGAGGAGCUGAACCAGGUGGCCGCCGAGCUGGACAGUCUGGACGGGCGGAAGGACCCGCAACGGUGCACACUGCUCGUCAGCCAGUUUCGCUCCUGCCAGGACAACGUGUUAAACAUCAUUAACCAGAUCAUGGAUGUGUGCAUCCCCCAGGACCGAGCCCCACGGGAUUUCUGCGUCAAGUUCCCCGAGGAGAUCCGGCAUGACAGCCUGGCGGGCCAGCUGUGGUUUGGGGCCGAGUGCCUGGCCGCCGGCUCCAUCAUCAUGAACCGCGAGCUGGAGAGCAUGGCCAUGCGCCCGCUGGCCAAGGAGCUGACGCGCAGCCUGGAGGACGUGCGGGGCGCCCUCCGCGAUCAGGCGCUGCGGGACCUCAGCACCUACACGGAGAAGAUGAGGGAGGCGCUGAGGCACUUCGAUGUCCUGUUUGCUGAGUUCGAGCUGAGGUGGGGCCUGGGGGCCUCCUUGCAGGGCUUUGGAGAAGUGCGGGACCGGGAGUCAGGCACGCCACCAGCUCCCACAGGCGCGGACACGCUCGCAGUAGGCGAGAAACAGUGGGACCCCAAAUCCACACCACGGAAAGGCUCCCGCCCAGGCACGCCCCCCGGCCCCCUGGCCAGACCAGCUGCUCCCACCUCCUCUUCACCUGACAGCUUUCAUUUCACCUCCACGCCAGCCUUGAAUGGCUCAGCCCAGGCCACCCUCACCUGCGUCUGCGCUCAGCAGACAGCCAGGAAGGUGACACUGGACACCGUGGGCCCUCACACGCACACGGGGCCACUGCUGGAAACCGCUGCACUCCGGAAGGCCCGAGCAGGCCUGCAAGGAGCAGCUGCUGGGGUUGUGGGUGCUCGCUCCCUGGGCACCCGCCAUGUGCCAAGGCCUGAGCUGGCUGGUCCCGGGAGCCCCGAGAGGAGGCACCGAGAGGAGGGUCCUGCAGAGAUGGGUCUGCUCUUGGACAAGGGCAGUGGGGCACGCUGUGAGCUGGGCAGGGCCGUGCAGCCUAUGACAAGAUGGGUGUGUGGCCUCGUGGUCUACGCGGACGGACCCCUGAACUUGGACCGCAAGGCAGAAGACAUGUCUGAGCUGUUCCGGCCCUUCCACACGUUGCUGCGGAAAAUAAGGGAUUUGCUGCAGACCCUGACCGAGGAGGAGCUUCACACGCUGGAAAGGAAUCUCUGCAUUUCCCAAGACGUGGAGUUUCCCAUCCGGGCAGACGCCCAGGCGCCCCCAGCCCUGGCGCCCGCCUUUCCCUCACCCCUCCCCGCCGAGGAAAUGCUCUCAGCCAAGGCCAAAAGCCAGGAGGGGGAGCUGGCCUGCUCCAUGCAGUAUGACGACCAGGAGCUAGAGCAACUCAACCGCAUGGUCCACAGGGCCGGGGACGAGAUGUCCUCCCUCCUCUCCCCGCCCAGCGCCUGCCAGUCCCCCGCGCACAGGCCGGGGGCGGAGGGCAGCCCCCGCGGGGAGGCCUCCCCAGGCAGCGCAGGGUUGCGGCCACGCGGUGACGAGGAGGAAGGAAGGGUGUUCUUCAUGGAUGACGUGGAAGGGGCUGCAGAGGCCCCGGGCAGCCCGGCUGGGUGGGCGGGCAGCGCCAGUGCUGGCCCCCAGGAGAGAGGACAGGGCAGGGGGCGUGGGCAGGCAGGGGCCAGCAGGCCCGCCGAGGCAGAGGAGGGGGACCUGAGCACUAACAACAACGUCCAGGACGACAAGCUGUGGGCGCUGGGCCCCAACUCCUGCAGCUGCCUGGACUCCCAGCCACACCUGGAGGGCUGGGAGGCGGGGGUGGACGCCGCGGGGACGGCGGAGAUGAUCGCCCACCGGACAGGGGGCAUGAAGCUCUCGGCCACCGUCAUCUUCAAUCCCAAAUCGACCCCGGCCGUGGGCGUGGCCGGCACCGCCCCGGAAGCCUCUGGAGAGGGCGUCUCCCCGUCGGAGCCUGCGGCCGAGGGGAUGGACGGUGGCUCCCACAAACUCAGUGCUGCGGCCACCAGCUGUCUCCUGAACUCCUGCGUGUGCUGCGGGGGCUGUGGGGGCGGCAGGGAGGACGCCGCUGCCCAGAGUCUGCGGGACAAGUGCGGCCCGGGAAGCGUCAUCAGCGCCUCCUACAUGGGCUCCGCCAAGGCCGGCGCCAAGGGCCCUGCCGAGAGACAGGAGGAGGCCCGACCUGCGCCAGAGGCGUUGCCCACGGACGCCCCGUGCCCCCUGCCCCCAGAGGACGCCCCUACUUCCAACAAGUGCCUGACACACACCCCAGGUCCUCAGCUCGAUGCAGCAGACAGGUCACCUGGAGCGGGCGCCGCCGCCAGUCCGAAAAGGGAGCCUGAGGCUGGACCGCAGGAGGCAGGGCAGCCCUCGACGGCCAGGCUGGAAAGUCAGCAGGGAGAGGAGGCCGAGCAGGAGCCUCAGCGCCUGUCGGGCUCCAGCUUCUCAGGCGUGCCAGGGGCGGUGGGAGGUGGCCGGUGUCGGACACCAACACGGCAGGCAGUUAAGCAGAUGAUACGAGGCCCUCCUGGGCCUGACUGCCUCAGCCCACCCCCUUGCGUCGUCGUGGCCCCUCCUGGCCCUGGAGGGGAGCUGCUGGCACAUCUCGCCUGUGGCACCUCCUCCCCUGUUUGGGUGGCAGUAUUGGAGGAUGUGUUCCCCUGCACCUGCAAAUUCCGUGGAACUGACGGCGCUCAGGAGGCCACAGCGGGCGGUGGGGAGGGUGCGGCUGGGGGCGUGAGCUCCAUCCUGGUGCCAGUGCGCUGCAGCCAGGGUGUGGGGAGUGUGGCUGACCAGCUGCAGACCAACUAUGCCAGCGAUCUGAGAAGUAUUCUCAAGACCCUUUUUGAGGUCAUGGCCACCAAACCAGAAGCAGACGACAAGGAAAAGCUAAAGAAGGUCACCCAGAGCCUGCGGAGUGCAGCCUUAGAGGAUUGUGCCCUGUGCCAAGAGACCCUGUCAUCCUCUGAACUGGCAGCCAAGACCCGAGAUGGGGACUUGGAAGAUCCACCAGAGUGGGUCCCCGAUGAGGCUUGCGGCUUCUGCACGGCAUGCAAAGCACCCUUCACUGUUAUCCGCCGGAAGCACCACUGCCGAAGCUGCGGGAAGAUCUUCUGCUCCCGCUGCUCCUCGCACUCGGCCCCGCUGCCCCGCUACGGGCAGGUGAAGCCCGUGCGCGUGUGCACGCACUGCUACAUGUUCCACGUCACACCCUUCUACAGCGACAAGGCGGGCAUCUGA